CGACAAAAUACGGUUAGUAUUAUUCCCAUAAUUUAGGCCUUGAUCUUCCUCAACUUGGUACAGAAGAAGAAAAAAAAAACAAAUUUAGCCAAUGAAACUAGAUUGCCUUAAUUUUUAUUACAGUACGAACUUAUUGUAAGAAUAUGCAAAGCCGCUUCAAAACUGCUACUUAAUCGAAAAAAAAAAAAAACAAGCAGAAGUCUUUCUCUAGACUCUUUCAUAGGUUUUUUUUUUAUUGUUGUUGAUAGUGAGAGAGUUAUCUAUUUUAUUGUUAUUAACCUUGAUUUGUUAAUAUAUAAGUGCCGACCAGAUAGAUAGAGUGAUUGAUGAGGAGGAUACUUAGGACAUGACACUUAAAAGACCUAAACCAAUAUGUGCACUAAUCUAAUCUGCAUGGAGAACUAGUUGUGAUUAUUGAACUCCUUAUUUCGUGAAAUUAAUCCUCAGAAUCGAUUUCAUAGGGUUGAAACAAUUGGCGCUAUCACAUAUAUUAUAUUACAGUAGGGCUUAGGGUGGAUAACCAACCUAGGAAUUAAUUAGAAUGCUCACAUGAGAUCGAGAACAUAAUUUCAAGAGGUAAAGAUUAGCGUACGCUUGGUGUAUGGUACAUGUAUGUGUUUUUACCAUUUUUCAUGUACUUUGAUUGACUUCGAGGAAUCAAAACUAUUAACUAUUAUUUUUAGAUUAGAAAUUUUUAGAGAACUGGAAUGAAUUUCAAUCAUUCCUCAAUGAGAAAACACUUCAUCCAUUAAAAGGUUCAUGUAGUAUAUUAUCCUGUUUCAAUUUUCGGACAGACUCCAAUCUGAACGAUUUAGAUUUAGACGUUUAGCCCAGAUAAUUCUCUUUAUAAUUAUAUAUAGAAUUUAGCCAGAUAUUUCAAACUAAAGCCUACUCAUCUUUUUCCAUAUACUAAUACUACCAUGCCAAAGUUAUACCAGGGCUAUUUUUUUAAGGCAAAGGACUGACCCAGUGUUGAUAAGGGCCGGAAUCUGUAUGUGCUUGUCCAGGCCACGACCAAAUUUGAAUUAGGGAAGGCGGCCCAGGAUAGGCCCAACGGGAAUCCAACUGGGGGAUGGCCUAUUACAAUUACGGACGGAAAUUGGAUAGCUGGGCCCAGGACGGUUAAACUUAACCAGCCCGAGUGAUGAUUCUGGCAAGCCGAGAAUGAAGGAUAGAGCCCGUUUCGCUGAUUUCUCUAAAACAUAGUGAGAUAAUGCUGCGACCAUUUUUGGACACUGUCAUUUCCAUCUUACAAUUACUGAUUUUUGGAAACUCGAAAAUACAAUUGCUCAAUGCAGUUAGGAUACGAUGACAGAUGAAGUUUCCAUAAAUAAGAAAAAUGUUCAUGGAGUGAAUUAUUCACUCUGAAAGCAUAUUGGUUAAACAUCUAACUUCUGAAUUCACGUUACGAAUUAUGUGUUUUGAUUAGAAAUUCGCGUUGAUUUUAUCGGUUUUCUCUGGAACAACAGUAAUAAAUGACAAUAAUAACUCUUGUUAGGACUUACAAUUUACGAGGUUAAAAAAACUUACCAAGUACGUUGCAACCCCCCAAUAAGAUCACAUUGGGGGAGAUAAAGAAGUAAGAAAUUAAUUUUCACAAGAAAAAAAAGUAAGAAAUUAAUACUGAAACUUCCAUUUCAACAUAGUUCCAAUUUUGCAAUCAAUGUCCUUUCACGGCAAUCUCAAUUUCAAAAGCAAUUAAAAAAGGGUUUUCGUUUUCCCCAGGAAAGGCUCCGAACUCCUGACCCGACCCAACAGCGACGUCAUAAAUAUAAUCAUCCUUAAAUAAACCAAACAAAACCAAAACAUACAUCUGUAUGUGUGUGUCUGUAACCGCAUUGCCAUUCCCAAAUCGGCGCCAUCUUCUUCUUCCUCCUCUCUCAAUCUUUACGUGAAUGUUCUUAUCCCUCCUGUUCAUCAAUCAUCCAACGCCAAAGAAUCGUCGAGAAUCGGUUUCAAUUGGGUCGUAAUCGUGUUCUCAUCAUCCCCACAAACCCCAACAUCAAAGGUGGGGUGCACACAAUUCAGAUUCAAUAAUGAUCCACAAUCGGCUGCCGCCGACCCCGACAGCGACGAAGCACAAGGCCGACGACAAGCCGUUUCAAUUCAUCUCCAUCGUCGGGAAAUCCCUCAUCCUCUUGUUCAUCCUGUCCUUCAUCUCAAUCGGCCUCUACACCGCCUUCUACGACCCCAAGAGCGGCGGAAUCACCCCCACCGCCGCCUUGCACCGCCUCCACUCCUCCAUCGCCCGCAACAACGCCGACCACCGCAGUCGGGACCCUAAUAACAACUCCCCGACCAACCUCUCCCACCUUCUCUUCGCCCUCAGCGGCUCCAACGACACGUGGGACGACCGCAGCAAGUCCAAUUCCGUCUGGUGGUCCCCCAACCGAACCCGGGGCUUCGUCUGGCUGGAGGACGUCCAACGACCCGACUCCUCACCCGCCCCGAACUCCGCCCCGACCCGGGUCUCCUCGCCCGAAUGGACCCGGUUCGGGUUCUCCAGCUCCCGACCCGCCGUCCGGAUCGCGCGGACGAUCACCGACAGCUUCGGCCUCAAACUGCCAGGUGUCCGGUGGUUCGUGAUGGGCGACGACGACACCGUCUUCUUCCCGGAGAAUCUGGUCUCCCUGCUGGCGAACUACGACCACAACGAGAUGUGGUACAUCGGCGGGAACUCCGAGAGCGUGGAGCAGGCCGUGAUGCACUCCUACGAGAUGGCGUUCGGCGGCGGCGGGUUCGCCAUCAGCUACCCUCUCGCCGAGCUCCUGGUGGAGAAUCUCGACCGUUGCCUCGAGCGCUUCCACUAUUUCUACGGCUCUGAUCAGAGGAUCUGGGCCUGUAUCACCGAGUUAGGUGUGGGCCUCACCCCUCACCGUGGAUUUCACCAGAUGGACAUCAGAGGGAGUGCAUACGGGCUACUGGCGGCGCACCCAAUGGCGCCAUUGAUCUCCCUGCACCAUCUCGGCGCAAUGGACCCGCUGUUCCCCGGUCAGGACCACUUGGCCUCGUUGAGGACACUCUACCGGGCGUUUAAGGCAGACCCUGCUAGGAUACUGCAGCCAUCCUACGGCUACGACCACCACCUCAACUGGUCGGUCUCCAUCUCGUGGGGCUACACCGUGCAGCUCUACCCGAACCUGGUGGCUGUCCACGACCUGCAGGUACCGCUGCAGACGUUCAAGACGUGGAGGACUUUCAGCGAGGGUCCGUUCACAUUCAACACGAGGCCCACGGGGCCCGACCCGUGCUCCAUCCCAAUCGUCUUCAUGCUCGACAAAGUGCAGAGCAUCGGGACGUGGGGGACAUUGACGGUUUACAAGAGGAUGGAGCCGGCGGUGAAAUGUAGGAGACCCAACUUCAUUCGAGCUAUGUCGGUGCAUAGAGUGGUCAUCUCGUCCGUCGUAAUGGAGCCAGAUUACUGGUCUAAGGCGCCAAGAAGGCAAUGCAGUGAUCUUGUGAAUGGUGGUGGAAGAAUGAGGGGUGAGACUCUGCAGAUAAGGGUUAGAAGGUGUGGGGAUAGGGAAAUUGUUAGCACUGUAGAGUAGACUAGAUGCGGCAAGCUGAGUUCUUUCGUGGGCAAAUUGUUGUUUGGAAAGAACAGAUGAAGCGACGAAAAGAGAGUAGGGUGAAUAUAUAGUAGAAAAAUUAUUAAUAAGACUAAGAGGUGCUAAAAUGUGUAGAAUUAUAGCAAACCAAUUGUGCUCCAGAUUCAUGGAACGUGGAAACAGUAGCAGUAUAACUAUUCACCCAGUUUCCUCCCCUGAAAUUGUUACUAGACAGACAGCUGCUCAAUGACUGAUGGCUGAUAUUGGAAAGGUGGAAAGUGGAAAUGCAAACUUUUUCUUGCAUCUUUAAAACUGUUUUUUUUUUUGCUGCAUCAUUAGUUUACUUCAUGCCCACCAAAUAUGGCGUUGUGUUGCUUUACCUAAAGUGAUGGCACUAAGUCGAAAGU